UCCGUCAUUAUAUAUUCAGAGCUUCAGACAGUCAGACACUGAUUGCUAUCUAUGCUUGCACUUGUUCCUCAUAUGGCCUGAGAACUUCUGACAAGAACGAGUGAACGACAAUGGCUUUGGUCUCCAGGACGUGGCGCUGGCCCAGGUGCUUCUUGUUUUUGAUGAUGGCGUGCGUCUGCACCUCGUUGAUCACUCGCUGCAGAUCAGACGAAGCGGCAGCAGCCUUCCAUGGUCAGAAAAGGAGCACCGGAGACAUCGUUGCCAGAGCCAUCAUCUGCUUCAACGAUCGAUAUAUCUACAGCGGGUGCCAGGAGCAGUACAGGCUGGGGCCGGAGGGCGCGCUGCACGUGCCGCCGCCGGCGGCGGAGGCGUUCUGCGGCGGGCCGUGCCUGGCGGAAACGAACCUGGUGCUCGGCUGCGUCGACGGCAUCAUGGACAGCUUCCGCUUCUACAACGGCGCCGCCGUCGGCGACGUCCGCCUCGCGCUCGACCGCGGCUGCGGCCACACGGGCCUCCGGGGCGACUUCGACGUGAUGCGGCGGCUCGGGGGCGAGGGGUACUACUACGGCGGCGGGAGCAGCGUUCGCCUCGCGCCCCGCGGCUUCAUGACGACGACGGCGGCGGCUCCGGCGCCGCUGUUGAUGGGCGCCGUCGUCGGCGUUCUCCUGUGGGGAUGACUAAUUAUUAACCGGUUUAUAUAGUU